ACCACUACUGCUGCUGCUGCUGCUACUACUGCUACUCGCCUUGACUGACUUCUACGGACUUGACAUGACUGACUUGAUGUUUUAGUAAUUAGUAACAAGUAAAAACAUUUCAUUAACCUCACGGACUGCGUCUCGACAAUGAUGCAGGGUUGACCGACAAAAAGAGAAAGAAGAAACAGAGACGAAGAGGAGCAGCAAGGAGACCCACCACAACAUUUAUCAAAACAAAACAUUAGCAGACUUUCAACUGACCAAAGUCUCCUCUCGUCUCCCUGCCUUUUGCUCACUGUUGUUGUUGUUUUCUCUAUCCGUUUCUUAUGACCCUUUCUUCUUCUUCUUCCCUAACCAUUUCUUCUAUGACUCCUUUUUCUUCUCCUAUGGCCCUUUCUUAUGCUUCCACGACCCCUUCUUCUUCCAUGUCCCCCUCUUUUCCCCCUAACCCUUUGUUUUUCUUCUCCUUUGCCCUCUCCGUGUCUACCUACGUCUCUCUCUGUCUCACAUAGUCUCUGUGUCUAGAUACUUCCCUCUCUGCUCAGUUCCGAUUCUCUCUGCUGGUUGUUGUUGUUGUUGCUGCUCUGUUUUGUUUAUUAUUUGCCAUUCCACUCUUCUUACUCUCUCCUCUCUCAAGGCCCGAUCAUGGUUCCUCUCGAUCUUGUACCUUUAUUAUUACACCCAAUAACAACAUCCACCACGACCACCAACAAACAAACACUUAUAACACACACACAUCUAUAACUACCACCGAUACCAUCCACAAUAAUACCAUUGAUAAAUAACGAAACCAAAAAAAGAAAACACAAACCACAGGGGAAAAAAACAGCCAGAGCAGCACUAAAAACCGACAGCUUUAUUGUUAAGAGGAACUGGUUAUUUUAAGUAAAUCGCCAUCAUUGAAAAGUACAAACGAAAAAGGAAAAAAAAUGGGCAACUGUUUAAAGACUCCGAAUGCAGAUGAUAUAUCUUUAUUGAGAGGUAGCGACAGUAACGAUGGAUCAGACCCAGCUCUCGGACCUCCACCACCCUAUCAGGAAAGUGUACCGGUAUAUCACCCGUCUCCCAAUGUGAGUCGGCCAGCGAAUCUAUUAACAGAAGAAGAGCAGAUUAAAAUAGCACAGAGACUUGGACUAAUUAACCACUUACCAACUGGAGUUUACGAUGGCACAAAGAAGGCCAGAGAGUGCGUGAUAUGCAUGGUAGAAUUCAAUAUCGGUGAUGCAUUACGUUAUCUUCCUUGUAUGCACACUUACCAUAGAGACUGCAUCGACGACUGGUUGAUGCGAUCCUUCACCUGUCCUUCGUGUAUGGAACCAGUUGAUGCUGCUUUACUGACGACCUAUGAGACCAAUCAGUGAACUGCUGUUGACUGUUGUCUGUUCUUUUUUUUUGUAUUGUUGGGUUCAUUGGUAUUUUAUUUUCUCUCUCACACAUCCUUGUAAACAUUGAAGACGCCACAAAGACACGCACACAAUAUGCUCACUCUUUCUCUCUGUCUCUCACUCACAACACACAUAAAUACUGACAUGCAUAGAUUCGGAGUUCUGUUGGUGUCUCCUACAUGGAUCCUCAACUCUUGAUCUCGGUGCAUCUGAAGACAAGCAUGGGCCCACAUGAAAUCAACCAGUCUGUUUUGAUUUGGGAGUAGGGCAGUACCAAGAGGCACCACUUCAAAGGAAGUAUAUACACUUACAGAACAUGCACACACAUGUAUAAACACACGUGUACAUAGAUAUUUAUACAUCAAAUACA